AUGGAUAAAUUAGGAUCAAUGACCAAAGAAGGAGCCUCAUCUUCCUCUACCAAAAGGAAGUCCAGAAGACCCAAAUAUUCCAAGUUCACACAGCAAGAGCUUUCAGCUUGCAAACCAAUUUUAACACCAGGAUGGGUCAUUUCUAUAUUUGUCACAAUCGGCAUUGUCUUUAUCCCUAUUGGCUUUGCUUCCUUAUUUGCAUCAGAGCGUGUGGUGGAAAUUAUAGACCACUAUGACAAAGAUUGUGUUCCUCUUAGAUAUACGGAUGAUAAGCUUGCAUUUAUUCAGAGUAGUAAAACUAACAAGACCUGUAUUAGGAGACUAACUGUUCCAAAACAAAUGAAAUCUCCCGUUUACAUCUACUACCAGCUUGAUCAUUUCUAUCAGAAUCAUCGCCGAUAUGUUAAAAGUAGAAGUGACAGUCAGUUGCGGAGCAAGUCUGAUGAGAAUAAAACAAGCACCUGUGCUCCUGAACGCAAUUCACCAAAUGGUACAAUUGUUCCCUGUGGUCUGAUUGCAUGGAGUUUGUUUAAUGACACAUACAAGUUUUCAGUGAAAAACAAACAACUGGGGGUCAACAAAAAGGACAUCACAUGGAAAAGUGACCAGGGGAAUAAGUUCGGCUCGGAUGUCUAUCCUAAAAAUUUCCAGAGUGGGGGUUUGAUUGGAGGAGCAAAACUGAAUUCUAGCAUACCUCUGAGUGAACAAGAAGAUCUUAUUGUUUGGAUGCGGACUGCAGCACUGCCAACGUUCAGAAAACUAUAUGGGAGGAUAGAAGUGGACCUUGAAGCUAAUGAUGUAGUAAUUGUAACAAUAGAGAAUAAUUAUAACACCUACAGCUUCGGUGGCAACAAGAAGCUUGUACUUUCAACCGCAAGCUGGAUUGGUGGAAAGAAUUAUCUGCUAGGCGUAGCAUACCUUACUGUUGGCGGACUCUGUUUGUUCUUGGCCAUAAGCUUCAUACUUCUAUAUUUGAUAAAGCCAAGGCCUCUUGGGGAUACAUCCUACUUGUCUUGGAACAGAAGUGCAUCAGGAGGACAUAUAUUUAUUAGCUAG